AUGGGUGGGAUCAGCUCCAAUGACGCCAUCGAAGAGCAACGCAAAAGGAUAUUGCUGAUCACCUAUCCUCGCACUGCAUCCAAUCUUCUAGUGAAGAUGCUUUCCUUAGAGUCACAGACAGCAGUGGUCUCGAACCAAAAAGGUGGUUACUUCUUCUGGGACCCUUUUAUGACGGGGCGGGCUACUGGAUCAACAUAUAAACCAGUUGAGGAUUGGAAUGUGGAGGAAACUGAUCGAAUUCGGCGAGCAUUUCAGCAAAGCCUGAACAAUCUUGAAGGCAAAUCCGAAAUUGCCAAAUCCGAGGGGAAAAUUAUGUUUGCAAAGGAACAUGCCCAAUGGUUUGCCAACCCGGCCGAAGUCAACAAAUAUCUAUCAGGCCACGAUGGCCAAGCAAAACUGCCGUUCGGUAUCGAAAUUCCAGACCGGUUCGGUCCUAUGGGAGCAUUCUCUUCGAACAAUUUGACUGUCCUACCAGAUGAGUAUCUGCAGACAUGGACACCGACAUUUCUUAUACGACAUCCUGCGCUAGCGUUCCCGUCAUUUUACCGAUCCAUGCUCGAUCUGGAAAAGGAAGGAUUUGCAAGUCCUCACGAGAUUCAGCCUAUGCUGAAACUUAACUCGACAAUGAAGUGGACUCGAUUGCUCUAUGACUGGUAUUGCCAGCAUAGUUCAAGCUCGUCUACAAACCACAGCGACAAUAUACAAUGUCCCCUCCUCCUAGAUGCACAAGAUGUGAUCAAUCAACCGGAGGUGGUGAUAAAAUACUGUGAGCUGAUAGGGAUGGAUCCAACAAAGUUGAAAUUUGAAUGGAGUCGUGAAGUCCCAGAAAAGAAUUCUCAUCUGCCAGAUCGAGCUGCUCAGAAAACUCCAGAAGAAGUCAUGAUGGAUACAUUGAACCAUUCAUCGACUUUGCUAAAAGGAAAGACCCCAGUCGUUAUUGAUAUAGCUUCAGAGGCGGAGAAAUGGAGAAAGGAGUUUGGCAAAGAUAUAGGGAACCAGAUGGAAGAUUGGGUGCAGAAUGCUAUGCCAGAUUACCAUUAUCUUAGAGCCAGGAGACUACAUUUGUGA